GCUAUUACCAUGGUGGAAAAACACGUUCGCAUACGUAUUUACUUCGGAAAUUUAUUGCAGACCCCAACAUGGCUUUUGGUUGACCACGAAUCUAUGCACACUAUCCAAGAUUUGGAAAAUGAAAUAAGACGACGAUUUUUUGGAAACAACAAUUCAUUUGUGCUGUUACUAGACGAUUGUGUUUUACCAAAGUGUGAAAAAACAGUUAUUUUACGAGAUAAUGACCGUGUAGUUGUCGGUGAGUGUGACCAUCAUAAAAUCCCACCCGAUCCUAGUUUAUCAUGUGUGAAGGAGAAAAAUAUUGUGCCUCACAAAUUUGAUAACACUGAGGAAACAAAAGAAAUUGAGCUGAUAGCAAAGGCAUCAGGCAAAAGUAAGAAAAAGGACAAAAAGAAGCAAAGCAAACUACAACUGUGUCAAUCUGUUAGUAAGAAGAAGGAGAAGAAGAAGAAGAAGGAAAGGGUUGUAUCCCCCAAUUUUGUUAAUGCAGGAGAACUCAAAACUAAGAAGUUGAAAAAGAAAAGAAAACUGGAUCAAUGUGAAGAAAGUCAUGAAAGUCAUCUACUUAAGAAACGAAGGAGACAAAGGCAAAAAAAUAAAAAGACUACUGAAGCAGAAGCAAGUGGACCAAGUAACAAAAAUAAUAACUCUUUUGGCAACAAACUACAAAAGCAAUUUCAUCCUAAACCUGCCAGAAAUGUUAUUGAUAUUUAUGGAACCAAAAAUAAUCAUAAAGUAUUUAAAGAAUCUGUACAAGAAUCUGUGAAUGGAAUGGAAGAUGAUAAUAUACCUGGGGAUGAACAGCAGGAAUCAUUAGAGCAGGCCAAGAAAAGGUUGUUAGAGAAAGUUAAACAAGAAUACCACAGUCUGACGGAUAAUUCCUACACAUUUGAUAGACAUCUGCUGAUUAAAGAACCUGUCGGUGAGAAUGUGCAAGGACAGACAUCAUACAAUAGUGUGCAACAACUUUCAAAUACUGAACAUGUGCAUGAGAAUGGACAACUUCAGCAACAUGGGAAGGAGCAGGUCAACACUGGCAUGUCUCUGGAAGCUGUUGGCCUUAAUUUUGACCACAAUUCACAAAUGAUAAAAAUUGAAACAAAACCAGGUGGAACAGAUUAUAAACCCCAGGGGAAGUUUCAUCUGGAUGAUGAUGAUGACCAUCUCCACAUAGAACCAAAGGUGUGUUUGCAAUGGGAGUCCCUUAAGGAAACAAGACUAUUGGACAUCGUAUAAAGCAGAUGAUCAGCAGAGGCCAUGUUGAGACCGAUUGUACAGUGUUAUCGACAGAACACAGGAUGUUGAGACCGAUUGUACAGUGUUAUAGACAGAACGCAGGAUGUUGAGACCGAUUGUACAGUGCUAUAGACAAAACGCAAGAUGCUGAGACCGAUUGUACAGUGUUAUAGACAGAACACAGGAUGUUGAGACCGAUUGUACAGUGCUAUAGACAGAACACAGGAUGUUGAGACCGAUUGUACAGUGUUAUAGACAGAACGCAGGAUGUUGAGACCAAUUGUACAGUGUUAUAGAAGGAAGACAAGAUGUUGAGACCGAUUGUACAGUGUUAUAGACAGAACACAAUAUGUUGAGACCGAUUGUACAGUGCUAUAGACAGAACACAAGAUGUUGAGACCGAUUGUACAGUGUAAUAGACAGAACGCAGGAUGUUGAGACCGAUUGUACAGUGCUAUAGACAGAACACAGGAUGUUGAGACCGAUUGUACAGUGCUAUAAACAGAACACAGGUUGUUGAGACCGAUUGUACAGUGCUAUAGACAGAACACAGGAUGUUGAGACCGAUUGUACAGUGUUACAGACAGAACACAGGAUGUUGAGACUGAUUGUACAGUGUUACAGACAGAACACAGGAUAUUGAGACCGAUUGUACAGUGUUAUAGACAGAAUGCAGGAUGUUGAGACCGAUUGUACAGUGUUACAGACAGAACACAAUAUGUUGAGACCGAUUGUACAGUGCUAUAGACAGAAGACAAGAUGUUGAGACCGAUUGUACAGUGUUAUAGACAGAUCGAAGGAUGUUGAGACAGAUUGUACAGUGCUAUAGACAGAAUGCAGGAUGUUGAGACCGAUUGUACAGUGCUAUAGACAGAACACAGGAUGUUGAGACCGAUUGUACAGUGUUACAGACAAAACGCAGGAUGUUGAGACCGAUUGUACAGUGUUAUAGACAGGAGACAAGAUGUUGAGACCGAUUGUACAGUGUUAUAGACAGGAGACAAGAUGUUGAGACCGAUUGUACAGUGUUAUAGACAGAUCGCAGGAUGUUGAGACAGAUUGUACAGUGCUAUAGACAGAAUGCAGGAUGUUGAGACCGAUUGUACAGUGCUAUAGACAGAACACAGGAUGUUGAGACCGAUUGUACAGUGCUAUAGACAGAACACAAGAUGUUGAGACCGAUUGUACAGUGUAAUAGACAGAACGCAGGAUGUUGAGACCGAUUGUACAGUGCUAUAGACAGAACACAGGAUGUUGAGACCGAUUGUACAGUGCUAUAGACAGAACACAGGAUGUUGAUACCGAUUGUACAGUGUUACAGACAGAACACAGGAUUUUGAGACCGAUUGUACAGUGUUACAGACAGAACACAGGAUGUUGAGUCCGAUUGUACAGUGUUAUAGACAGAACACAAGAUGUUGAGACCGAUUGUACAGUGUAAUAGACAGAACGCAGGAUGUUGAGACCGAUUGUACAGUGCUAUAGACAGAACACAGGAUGUUGAGACCGAUUGUACAGUGCUAUAGACAGAACACAGGAUGUUGAUACCGAUUGUACAGUGUUACAGACAGAACACAGGAUUUUGAGACCGAUUGUACAGUGUUACAGACAGAACACAGGAUGUUGAGUCCGAUUGUACAGUGUUAUAGACAGAACACAGGAUUUUGAGACCGAUUGUACAGUGUUACAGACAGAACGCAGGAUGUUGAGUCCGAUUGUACAGUGUUACAGACAGAACACAGGAUGUUGAGACCGAUUGUACAUUUUUUCAGACAGAACACAGGAUGUUGAGACCGAUUGUACAGUGUUAUAGACAGAACACAGGAUAUUGAGACCGAUUGUACAGUGUUAUAGACAGAACACAGGAUGUUGAGACUGAUUGUACAGUGUAACAGACAGAACACAGGAUGUUGAGACCGAUUGUACAGUGUUACAGACAGAACACAGGAUGUUGAGUCCGAUUGUACAGUGUUAUAGACAGAACACAGGAUUUUGAGACCGAUUGUACAGUGUUACAGACAGAACGCAGGAUGUUGAGUCCGAUUGUACAGUGUUAUAGACAGAACACAGGAUGUUGAGACCGAUUGUACAUUUUUUCAGACAGAACACAGGAUGUUGAGACCGAUUGUACAGUGUUAUAGACAGAACACAGGAUAUUGAGACCGAUUGUACAGUGUUAUAGACAGAACACAGGAUGUUGAGACCGAUUGUACAGUGUAACAGACAGAACACAGGAUGUUGAGACCGAUUGUACAGUGUUAUAGACAGAACACAGGAUGUUGAGACCGAUUGUACAGUGUUAUAGACAGAAAGCAGGAUGUUGAGACCGAUUGUACAGUGUUACAGACAAAACGCAGGAUGUUGAGACCGAUUGUACAGUGUUAUAGACAGAAUGCAGGAUGUUGAGACCGAUUGUACAGUGCUAUAGACAGAACACAGGAUGUUGAGACCGAUUGUACAGUGCUAUAGACAGAACACAAGAUGUUGAGACCGAUUGUACAGUGUAAUAGACAGAACGCAGGAUGUUGAGACCGAUUGUACAGUGCUAUAGACAGAACACAGGAUGUUGAGACCGAUUGUACAGUGCUAUAGACAGAACACAGGAUGUUGAUACCGAUUGUACAGUGUUACAGACAGAACACAGGAUUUUGAGACCGAUUGUACAGUGUUACAGACAGAACACAGGAUGUUGAGUCCGAUUGUACAGUGUUAUAGACAGAACACAAGAUGUUGAGACCGAUUGUACAGUGUAAUAGACAGAACGCAGGAUGUUGAGACCGAUUGUACAGUGCUAUAGACAGAACACAGGAUGUUGAGACCGAUUGUACAGUGCUAUAGACAGAACACAGGAUGUUGAUACCGAUUGUACAGUGUUACAGACAGAACACAGGAUUUUGAGACCGAUUGUACAGUGUUACAGACAGAACACAGGAUGUUGAGUCCGAUUGUACAGUGUUAUAGACAGAACACAGGAUUUUGAGACCGAUUGUACAGUGUUACAGACAGAACGCAGGAUGUUGAGUCCGAUUGUACAGUGUUACAGACAGAACACAGGAUGUUGAGACCGAUUGUACAUUUUUUCAGACAGAACACAGGAUGUUGAGACCGAUUGUACAGUGUUAUAGACAGAACAAAGGAUAUUGAGACCGAUUGUACAGUGUUAUAGACAGAACACAGGAUGUUGAGACUGAUUGUACAGUGUAACAGACAGAACACAGGAUGUUGAGACCGAUUGUACAGUGUUACAGACAGAACACAGGAUGUUGAGUCCGAUUGUACAGUGUUAUAGACAGAACACAGGAUUUUGAGACCGAUUGUACAGUGUUACAGACAGAACGCAGGAUGUUGAGUCCGAUUGUACAGUGUUAUAGACAGAACACAGGAUGUUGAGACCGAUUGUACAUUUUUUCAGACAGAACACAGGAUGUUGAGACCGAUUGUACAGUGUUAUAGACAGAACACAGGAUAUUGAGACCGAUUGUACAGUGUUAUAGACAGAACACAGGAUGUUGAGACCGAUUGUACAGUGUAACAGACAGAACACAGGAUGUUGAGACCGAUUGUACAGUGUUAUAGACAGAACACAGGAUGUUGAGACCGAUUGUACAGUGUUAUAGACAGAAAGCAGGAUGUUGAGACCGAUUGUACAGUGUUACAGACAAAACGCAGGAUGUUGAGACCGAUUGUACAGUGUUAUAGACAGAAUGCAGGAUGUUGAGACCGAUUGUACAGUUAUAGACAGAACACAAGAUGUUGAGACCGAUUGUACAGUGCUAUAGACAGGAGACAAGAUGUUGAGACCGAUUGUACAGUGUUAUAGACAGAUCCCAGGAUGUUGAGACAGAUUGUACAGUGUUACAGACAAAACGCAGGAUGUUGAGACAGAUUGUACAGUGCUAUAGACAGAAUGCAGGAUGUUGAGACCGAUUGUACAGUGUUACAGACAGAACGCAGGAUGUUGAGACUGAUUGUACAGUGUUAUAGACAGAACGAAGGAUGUUGAGACCGAUUGUACAGUGUUACAGACAAAACGCAGGAUGUUGAGACCGAUUGUACAGUGUAAUAGACAGAACACAGGAUGUUGAGACCGAUUGUACAGUGUAACAGACAGAACGCAGGAUGUUGAGACCGAUUGUACAGUGUUACAGACAGAACACAGGAUGUUGAGACCGAUUUACAGUGUUUAUAGACAGAACAAAAGAUGUUGAGACCGAAGUUUAUUUAUGAAUUUCAUAAGCUGAUUAUAUACAUGUAUAUUUUGUAUUGAAAUCUUGUUGACUGUUAUACUGAAUACAGAGAUACAGAAGACUAAA